AUGCAGGGGGUCUGGGUGCUGCUGCUGCUGCUGCUGCUGGGCCUGAGGCCACGGCUGGCCCUUGGCGUCAUCCCAGUGGAGGAGGAGGACCCAGCCUUCUGGAACCGCCAGGCGGCGCAGGCCCUGGACACUGCGAAGAAGCUGCAGCCCAUCCAGACAGCUGCUAAGAACCUCAUUCUCUUCUUGGGGGAUGGGAUGGGAGUGCCCACAGUGACAGCCACUCGGAUCCUAAAGGGGCAAAUAAAUGGCAAACUGGGACCUGAGACACCCCUGGCCAUGGACCACUUUCCGUACCUGGCUCUAUCCAAGACGUACAACGUAGACAGACAGGUGCCAGACAGUGCAGGCACAGCCACAGCCUACCUGUGCGGGGUCAAGGCCAACUACCAGACCAUUGGUGUGAGUGCAGCCGCCCGCGUGAACCAGUGCAACACAACGAGGGGCAAUGAGGUCACUUCCGUGAUGAAGCGGGCCAAGAAAGCAGGGAAGUCAGUCGGGGUGGUGACCACCACGAGAGUGCAACACGCCUCCCCAGCUGGCACGUAUGCCCAUGUAGUGAACCGCAACUGGUACUCAGACAGCGACAUGCCCACCAAGGCGCUGCAGGAGGGAUGCCAGGACAUCGCCCAGCAGCUCAUCUCCAACGUGGACAUUGAUGUGAUCCUGGGCGGAGGCCGAAAGUACAUGUUCCCCAAGGGGACUCCAGACCCUGAGUAUCCAAGUGACACCAGACAGAACGGAGUCAGGUUGGAUGGGCGGAACUUGGUGCAGGAGUGGCUGGCCAAGUACCAGGGUGCCCAGUAUGUGUGGAAUCGCUCGGCGCUCAUGGAGGCAUCCCAUGACCCCUCUGUAACACACCUUAUGGGCCUCUUCGAGCCGGGAGACACAAAGUAUGAGAUCUACCGAAACACGACCCAGGACCCGUCCCUGAUGGAGAUGACAGAGGUGGCAGUGCGCCUGCUAAGCAGGAACCCCCGUGGCUUCUACCUCUUCGUGGAGGGAGGCCGCAUCGACCACGGUCAUCAUGACGGCACGGCUUAUCUGGCACUGACCGAGGCGGUCAUGUUUGAUUCCGCCAUCGACAAGGCCAGCCAGAUCACAAGCGAGCAGGACACCCUGACCCUUGUCACCGCUGACCACUCUCACGUCUUCUCUUUUGGUGGCUACACACUGCGGGGGAGCUCCAUUUUCGGGCUGGCCCCCAGCAUAGCCCUAGACAACAAGACCUACACCUCCAUCCUUUACGGCAACGGCCCCGGCGGCCUAUACGCGCUCACGGGGACCUCCCGGCCCAACGUAAAGGACAGCCAGAGCAGGGACCCCACUUACAAGCAGCAGGCCGUGGCGCCCCUUGUCUCCGAGACUCACGGCGGCGAGGACGUGGCGGUGUUCGCGCGCGGCCCGCAGGCGCACCUGGUGCACGGCGUGCAGGAGCAGAGCUUCGUGGCGCACGUCAUGGCCUUCGCCGCUUGCCUCGAGCCCUACACCGACUGCGGCCUGCCGCCCUCGGCCUCCCCCAACGACGCCGCGCUCCCCGGCCCGGCCGGUGCGCCUCUGUCGCUGCCGCUGCUGGCGGGGGCGCUGCUGCUGGGGCUGCUGGCAGGUGCCACGCCCUAA